AUGCAAUUGAGUAAUUGUAGAGGUGAAUACAAGUUCAAGCAGGUGCAGCAAGAUCAGAGCCAAUUCCGAGAGCUUCUGAGCAACUCAGAGAUGAACAGGACCAGGAGUGAAAUGACUGAGAAGAUCUUGGAUUUCACCCUUGAGUUUGUCUAUCUGGUGACUGGGGAGGUGAGUCAUUCUGAAAAAUGUGAUCUAUAUCCUGACUUAUUAUUCUUCUUAUUAGGGGUUCCCCAAGUAUUCUGUGUAAGUAGGUCUUUAGCAGGGUCAUAAGAACAGUUGUGAUGUUUGGAUAGAUAGUAAGGCAGCUCACUCAUCCAAGAAAAAAAGAAUUACAGCAUUUCUUAAAGAUAGAAUCUAUAUGAUAUUGUCAUGUUGAUGGUGUUGGAGUUUCAUUGAAAUUGUAAAAUAAUCAAAAGAUAUACUGAGACAAAGUGGGGGCUAUUCUAACUUAUGGUAAAUCCUCAAGUUGACAAAAGUCCGAGCUUCCGCCAUUAAGUUUUGUUACUUCUCAAAACUGUCGCCAGCAACGGCCGUGGGAAUCAGGCAUUGUUUCUCUUAUUGGGAUACAUGAUGUAUGUAGGCUCGUGUCUUGCGGGAUCCUCCAUAGACCUUCGCACUGCAUGAGCAAGAGUACAGCACUGAUGUGGGCUUCUGGUGGACGAAGCAGAUUCUGCAAGGAGCUGAAGCCUGAAGAUGGCGGCACCUGCGGGCCACUGUACCCCAGGCAGUGAUGUCACUAUAAGCAGUAUUUGUAAAACAUGCCAAACCUGUGAAGGUGACAAAGCAUCUUUAAGCCAAGAAAUGAUUGGUUGUAUAUAUUUAUUGUCUCUCUUUGUGUGUGUGUGUAUAUAUGUAUAUAUAUAUAUAUAAUAUAUUGUGGCAGGAUGGCCGGGCUCUUGACAAUAAACUUCAAAUGCAAGCAUCAGGAUAAAAUAGUAUUGCAGUUUAUUUGCACUUUCAACAAGGUUUGUAAUGCUGUGCUUCACAGAAAUAAAUAAAACAAAAAGAAAAUAAACUCUACUCCAUGUUGGAGACUAACUAAACUAUAGUAUUCCUAUGAGAAAUCAGCACUUUUAUAAAUUAACCCGGGAACUCCCCCCUGCCUGUCAAUCAAACAGCCAGGGAGGAAUCCUUCCUACUUCUGUUAGCUCCCCUGAGCUAACGGAAGUGGCAGGCAUGAUAUACUUGAGUGUGCCUGGCUCCGCCUCCCUCACAGACCUCAGACCAGCUCGACAGUUUCAUCCCUGCACCUGCGACUGGUGCGUGUACACGGUUUGGUAUACGUGCACGCAGCAUUGUGCAUGAGCCGGCGCGUUUGCACAUGGGGACCAAGUCAGAGGUUUCUCAAUGAGAACUCUCUGAUUGGGUAUUUCCUUGUGAAGAGACUGAAAGUCUCUAACAUCGAUCUGGGAAAAAAGAGGAGGGGCUUACAAAGGCUGCAGUCAUAAGAACUGCAACUUUUGUAAGCUAUUUUAAACUAUAUUCCCAAUGAAUACAUACAUGAAAAUAUGCAUGUAUGUAUUCAUUGGAGGUAUAUCAACUAAACUGUGUUUUUAUUUUUGGUUUGGGGGUUUGGAAGUGUGGAGUGGUCCUUUAACUGCCUCCUCUCUACCAGCUAUUAGACUCCCUGAUGCCUCCAGAGGCUGACUUGUUAAACCCCUAGUGCAGGUUAUUAUUAUUAUUAUUAUUAUUAUUGCCAUUUAUAUAGCGCCAACAGAUUCCAUAGCGCUGUACAAUAUUAUGAGAGGGGGAUUUAACUAUAAAUAGGACAAUUACACAAAACUUACGGGAACAAUAGGUUGAAGAGGUCCCUGCUCAAUCGAGCUUACAUUCUAUAGGAGGUGGGGUGUAAAACACAUUAGGACAGGAAUUUGCAGUCAAAUAAGGUGGGCUGCCCUUUAGGAGAGAGCAAGAGACAGGUAUGUGAGGUAGAGGUUAGUCUUGGAGGCCAUAAGCUUUCCUAAAGAGAUGGGUUUUAAGGCACUUAAAAGAUGCAAGACUAGGGGAGAGUCUGAUGGCGGUGGCAGGCUAUGCCAUAGGAAGGGCGCCGCCCGCGAGAAGUCCUGCAAGCGUGAGUUGGCCGUACGGGUGCAGACAACGGACAGGAGGUGGUCACAGGCAGAGCGGAGAGACCGAGAAGGGACAUGCCUAUGGAUCUGUGAGUAGAUAUAAGAGGGGCUAUAAUUGUUCAGUGCUUUAUGGGUGUGAAUUAAUACCUUGAAUUGACUCCUAUAGCAUACAGGAAGCCAAUGUAAGGACUGGCAGAGGGGUGAGGUGUGAGAGAACCGACUAGAGAGGAAAAUCAGUCUGGCAGCAGCGUUCAUUAUGGACUGUAACAGUGCAGUACGGCUUUUGGGAAGACCAAUCAGGAGAGGGUUACAAUAAUCCAUACAGGAAAUUACUAGAGCAUGGACAUGCUCCUUGGUAGUAUCUGGUACAAGAAAGGGGCGGAUGCGGGCUAUGUUUUUAAGAUGGAAUCUACAGGAUUUCGCAACAUGCUGGAUGUGAGGCUCCAAGAUGAGGCCAGAAUCAAGAAUGACGCCAAGACAGCGCGCUUGCAAGGAUGGACUGAUGUGGGUACCACAAACUUGAAGGGAGAGCGAAAGAGGGGGAUCAGUAUUAGGAGGAGGAAAGACAAGGAGUUCAGUUUUAGAGAGAUUGAGUUUCAGAAAGCGGGAGGACAUCCAGUCAGAGAUGGAAGAAAGGCAAGCAGUGACACAUUGCAGGACGGCAGGGGAGAGGUCCGGGGAGGAGAGAUAUAACUGGGUGUUAUCAGCGUACAGAUGGUAGUGGAAUCCAAAAGAGGUAAUAAGUUUGCCAAGAGAGGCAGUAUAAAGAGGAAAUAGAAGGGGACCAAGGACAGAGCCUUGGGGAACUCCAACCGAGACAGGACGAGGGGAGGAGGUAUCACUAGAAAAGGAGACACUGAAUGAGCGUUGGGAGAGAUAGGAGGAAAACCAAGAGAGGACAGAGUCACAGAGACCAAGCGAUUGAAGAGUUUGAAGAAGGAGAGCAUGAUCAACGGUGUCAAAGGCCGCAGAGAGGUCAAGAAGAAUUAGUAUGGAGUAGUGGCCUUUGGAUUUAGCUGUGAUUAGAGCGUUAGUAACUUUGAUAAGCAUGGUUAAUUACAUAAACCUGAAAGGGAUGUCUUCCACCAAUUAACCCCAUCAUGCUGGCAAUAGAGAGCGCUCCAACCUGUUACCCUGACCAUGCCACAGUAUAUCUAGACAUUUUCUGGGAAAAUACAUGUAGAUUUAUGUUUCUUUUUUAAAUUUUUAUUUUAUUCUGUUUUUUUUGCAAGAAAUAUGUAAUGUAUCAACUUUACAGAAGAAAGAUCAUUACAUGUCAGAACAAGCGUAAUACAGUGUGAACAGUAAACAGAUGCAACAUAACAGGGUGCCAUUUACAAAGGCAAACAAACUGUUGUCAUGGCGAUGUUAAAACUAUGGUAAUUAAACCAUGACCUAGGUAACAGUGUAGUAAACAUAAUGUCACUGUUGGUGCAGUGUGGAGGUACGGUAGAUGUAAAACUCUUGAUGUUAUAUUUAGCAUCGGUGAGCCUCAACUAUUAGUUGAGUGCGUAUACUUUGGGUUAGUCAUCCUCUGGAUCUGUGAGCUAGGGUUAGGCAUGCGUGCCCCAUGUUAUGUUUAGCGGUUAUCAUAUGUUUUUUUCCCAUACUUUCCAUGCUUUUAUGAAUGCGUGUGUGUCUUUGUGUGUCUUAGCAUCACUAAGUCUCAGCCUUUCUAGGUAGGUUGAGGACACCUAGUAUAGCCAGUGUGUUUUGGACUUCUGACCACAAAGGUUGAAUCUUUUGGCACGUCCACCACACGUGUAUGAGUGUGCCUUCAUGGAGCGAUCAUCGUCAGCACAGUGGAGAUACAGUUGGGUAUAUGUGGUGAAGCUUGUGGGGGUUCAUGUACCACCUAUACAGUAGCUUCCUGUGGGCCUCAAUAUGUUUUUAGCAUUACGUCCAUUUGGACAGGUCAUUGAGUGCUCUUAGCCAAUCUGCAUCCGUGAGUGAGAUGGCGCAGUCUGUUUCCCAGUAGGGAUCGACCGAUAUUGAUUUUUUAGAGCCGAUACCGAUAAUCUGUUAACUUUCAGGCCGAUAGCCGAUAACUUGCCGAUAUUCUGUACAUUUACCAUUUUGAAAAAAUAAACUAUUUCUAAAAGGUAAAUGCACAAAAUAUAAAAGCCACAUGCAGUGGAUGCAGUGUGUUUAGACAGUGGAGCUGUGUAUAUUUGUGUAGUGUAUAUAUAAUGAAUGCAGGGUGUGUUUGUGUAGUGUGUAUAGUUAAUGCAGUGACUGUGUAGUGUGUAUAUAAUGAAUGCAGAGUGUGUGUUUGUGUAGUGUGUGGUGUAUAAAGGGAAUGCAGUGUGUGUGUGUGUAGUGUGUGUAAAGUGAAUGCAGUGUUUAGUGUGUAUAGCGAACGCAGUGUGUGUAUAGUGAAUGCAGUGUGUGUAGUGUGUGUAUAGUGAAUGCAGUGUGUUUGUAUAGUGUGUGUGUAUAUAAUGAAUGCAGUGUGUAGUGUGUGUAUAUAAUGUAGUGUGUCUGUGUAUAUAUGAUGCAGUGUUUGUAGUGUGUGUAUAUAAUGCAGUGUGUGUAGUGUGUGCAUUAAACACACACACUACAUUAUAUAGACACACACUGCAUUAUAGACACACUACACUAUAUACACCCUCUGCGUUAUAUACAGAGUGUGUAGUGUGUGUGUAUAUAAUGCAGUGUGUGUGUGUGUGUUUUCCUGAAGGGAUGUGAUUUGUGUAUAAUGGGGGAGGCAUUUUUUUAUUUUAAUUUUUAAUGUUUGUUUUAUUUUAUUUUUUAAUAUUUAUGUUUAUUUUAAUUUUUAAUAUUUGUUUAUUUUAAUUUUUAAUAUUUGUUUAUUUUUUUAUGCUUAUUUUUAAUAGUUAUGUUUUAUUAUUUUUGUUGUCCCCCCUCCCUGCUUGUUACCUGGUCAGGGAGGGGGGAUAUGACAGUCCCUGGUGGUCCAGUGGCAUUGGCUGAGCUGGGGGGAGCCGCAGGUAGCGUUUACUUACCUCCCCUGCAGCUCCUCCAGCUCCCAGUGUAAAUCUCGCGGCCCUUAGUGCCGGACGGCCGUGGGUCUCGCGAGACUUACACUGGGAGCUGGAGGAGCUGCAGGGGAGGUAAGUAAACGCUACCUGCGGCCCCCCCCCCCAGGACCGCUGGGCUUGUAAUGAGCCUGGCGGUCCUAGGAGGUAUUAUCGGCAAUAUCGGUAUCUAUAGUGGCCGAUACCGAUAUUGCCGAAAAUACCGAAUAUCGGCCGAUUAUAUCGGUAUAACCGAUAAUCAGUCGAUCCCUAUUUCCCAGUGUGGAGGGUUGUGGCCUUUGGCCUGGAGAGGGCUACACAGCAUCGAUCUACAAUCAGUUGGGUUGGGAGAGGGUCAUGGUAUGUUGUAGGCUAUUGGAUAGUCACGUGUGAGUUGAUGAUUCCUUUAAGUUGUAGAUAAGGGAACAUAGCAUGGGGAGGGAGAUUCAAUUUCAUUUGCAGCUCUGGGAAUGAUAUUACUACCUGUUUGUCUGGGAGUUGACAAACUUGGGAGAUCCCCGCCAUGAGCCAUCUCUUGAGGGGUAUAUCAGGUGAAACUGCUCUUAGGGUCUUUAAGGGAGCCUUGACGUGGAAUUUCGCCUUACAGCCUAGAGUGUCCCAAUAUCUAAAGGUCAGCUGUGUGACUGGAAAGAUUUCUGGCUGUGUUGUUCUAAAGUGUUUGGGUGUCCACAUAUAGUCAGCGAGUUUGUGUUCCUGAAAUUGCUUUGCCUCCAUGUCCAUAGAUUUGUUUCUUGUAGGUAAUGUGUCUAUUUCUAUAGAGAACUUAGAAUAUUCCAAGAAAAAUGAAUACUGACAUCCAUGAUUUUUUGUAAAAUUCAGUGAUGGUAAACGAUCUCUCUGCAUUUUUAUAUAAGUAAUAUGUGUUUCAAUUAUCAGGAUUAUAUUUUUAUGAAGAAGAAUGAAGAGCGUGUUAUAAAUGGCAGCAGUCCCCAUGUGUCACAAAGUAUCUCUAGGACAGAGGGCAUCAACAGGAUGCCUCCACCUCACUCACUGAUUCCGGACAGGAACCAUGAUAAGAAGAUCCUGAAACUGACCAACAAAAUCAUCCACCUGCUAACUGGGGAGGUGAGGCUGCAAGGACUGGGACUGUCACGUUUUUGGUGGUUAUGGUGUUAGGACACAAAAACGUCAGUAGUAAAUGAAAAGAUUUUGUUUUAUAGUACUUUACAAGCUGAUACAAUUAACACUUUACUAAUAGACAUUUCCAAUAAUAAGUAAUAGAAAUAAGUUACUGCAGUUAAAGGGAUGCUAUAGUGCCCUCUGGUCCCCUUUCUGUUGCAAUGCUGCAAUGCUUUACUAGUGGGGAUUUAAUUGACGCUGGAUGUCUUCAUGCAGAGAGUGAGAACAUCCAGGGCCAGUUAGACGAUCAAAAAUCGCUUAGCAAACAGGAAAUGCCUCUAUUGUCUGUCUGAUUGACAACCGCUAGUUUCUCAAAAACUGCAAUGAUUUACAUUGAAGGACUAAGGGGGGCAUGGACACUGCACCCAGACCACUUCAUAGAGCUGAAAUGGCCUGGGUGCCUAUAGUGUAGCUUUAACCUUUGCUCUGGACACCUUCUGACAAGGGCUUUAUACAGUAAAACCAAGGGAUGUGUCUGGAUAAUGACUGUAUCAUUGUGUGUAUCAGGUUCCAAUAAGGUGUAAGCAUGUCACUCUCUUCUUUUCCAUGUAGGUGUGGGAAUAUUUAGAAGGGCACGGAGAUCUUUACAAGGAAGUGAUCAUUGAGACUCACCAACCUCUCAGUGCACUGGGUAAGAAUGAUUUAGUCCAUGGUAUUUGUGACGGUAGUAGUCUGUAUCACCGUCAAGUAUUCCCUUUUUCCCAAUAACAGAAAAACCACAAUAAUCCACAGGGUAAAAUAACGCUGGUAUCGCCAAAUAAUCCACACAUGAGCCAAAGCUUAAUGGUGGAACAAGACUGAUUUACUGGAAGCAACAGGCAUUCAAUUUAUACAGUACAAGCUCCUCCUCUGGGCCAGGCUAGAUAAUUGAUUUUCAGCAACAUACUAAACUCAAUUAUCUGCUGGCCGGAAACAUUAACAAUUUUCAACGUAUUUUGAAAAAUACUUUCUGCAUAACAUAGAAAUAUAUAAACCACAUGCCUGGGUAGCUGAGGAUACUGAGAGUCACAUAUCAAAAUUGCACGAAAAUCCGUUCAGUAGUUUCCGUGUCGCAUCGUAUGGAAGUUUGACCGGCUCGCCAUGUGGUUGUAUCCGAUUUAGAGUUCCAUGAACUCAGUAGCAAGAGCCGGUCUCUGUUCGUGCAGAAUUACACGAAAACUACGAUAGGUAUGUUGCAGCUGGUUACAUGAGAGUGCUCUCCUCGUUCGGUAGAUUAAAACUCCCGAACGCCGGUUUGAUACUAUGGGUGGAAAUAGGUCAGACGGGACUUCCAUAAUGACCGGGCGUUCGUGUGAUUGCCAUGCCGAAAACAUUUCCAGGCAAUCCACGAGUAAGUCCCGCUGGCUGCAUUCGGAGAUUUAAGAUGGCCUCCAUCCUUUUUCUCUCGCCACGUGUUUGUAUGCCGAAUGGCAGCCACCUAGGAGCACUCAAUUAAGUUGCGUUUUUUUUGUAUGGUUACUCGGUGUUCUAAGUUCUGAUUGCUACCCAGGGUGGUCUCCGUUCGGUAGAACAAAUACAUUUCCCGAACACAUAAUUAAAACGAAUCGUUCCAAGGCAGUUAAAGAGCAGGGAGAGGAAACAACCGAAUGAACACAGGUAAAUACAGGGAAAUCCUUUACAAUGGCCCCCCUUUUUCUCCCUGCUUCGGCAGACCCUGUUGGACAUUUCCUGGUCCAGUAGGGCUGAUGGGAAAUCCAAGGUUUAGUCUGAUGCCAGGUCAGUUUGGCGUGACAGCCCGUCUGCAUUCCCGUUUUGCUUGCCUGGGCGAUAAUAGAUAGUAAAGUCAUAGGGUUGUAGGGCAAUGCUCCAGCGCAGCAACCGGGCAUUAUACCCUGAGACCCGGUUAAGCCAGACCAAGGUAUUGUGGUCAGUGAUGAGAGUGAAGGCACGGCCAUAGAGAUAAGAAGUGAGUUUUUUGAGGGCCCAGACCAAGGCAACAGCUUCCGACUCAGGUAGGCUACCGGGUGCUCUCCUCUGUCCUCUCCAAUCUGGCUUAAUUCUGCCCCCAGUCCAAACAUUGAUGCGUCUGUGUGGACAAUAAAUCUUUUGUUAGGAUCUGGGGCAGCUAACACCGGAGCAUUAACAAGAGCAUUUUUUAAUGCUUGGAAAGCCACCUCACACUCCGGGGACCACAGGACUUGUCGGGGUAAUUUCUUUUUGGUUAAUACAUUUCCAGAACACAUAGUUAAAACGAAUCGUUCCAAGGCAGUUAAAGAGCAGUGAGAGGAAACAACCGAAUGAACACAGGUAAAUACAAGGAAAUCCUUUACAGUAUUUUUGUAUACCUAGCAAAUAUCACCAGGUGUUAACAGUAUUGCAAGGUAAGGUAGAAAUCAUAAAAUAUUUGGUGUAGAAAAAUGCAUUUACUAGUUCCAACUUCAACUUGUAACUUGUCUGAGAUCCACUAAAUGAAAUGGGUCAGAAUCUGGACGAUGUUACCUGGAAUGUACGUUAUAAAACGUAUUUACAAGAAAUACAAGCACACCUACCACAAUGGGAAGCACACAUAUAUCCACCUUGAUAUCCCCAAAUAUGAAAACUUCUGGAGUUAAAACAUAUGAAUGAAGAGAACAACGGUCACGGGAUCUCCUUGCUCCAUAAUUUAGGGAAGGCACAUAUGUACCAAUGAUGUGAGUCUCUUCUUCCAAAUGACAUCCUGCAUAUACUCAUCUUAAAGUGAAUCUGUCACGAUAUAGGUUUGCAUUGUUCAAGCCAUCUGCCUUGAUCCAUGUGAUACAAUUAAAGGGACACUCCGGGCUAAAAUACUUUAUGUGUGAAGGGUGUGUCAUCUUUUUGUAAUUUAACUAAAUGUGCAGGUUUUAAUAGAAAUUAGCAUUUUUAUAAAUUAGCCUUGUUACUCUUCAUGGACAAUCAGACAGCUGGUCACGUGGCGUUCUAGUUGUUUAGCUCAGUGAAGCUAAACUCGAGAUGCAGCUAUAACCCAGAGCACCUGCCCUGCAAAGACUUCUCAUUGAGCUGAAAUAUGAAGUCUGAUUGGACAGCCAGAUUGGACAGCCAGAGAGAGUCUGGGUGGGUUCUAUUGUCUGCUUGCAGUGGCAGCAGACAACAGAACUGCACUUUUCUGGAAGGCGGGGUGGGGUGGGCAUUAACGACUAGGAGAGUGUAGUGGGAAUGGUUAGAUGUGCACAAAAGAAAGGGUAAAAGAGUAGGCAAUGGCAGAUCCAUUUUAAAAGGAUAGUCUAGACCCCUAAAGUACUUUAUCUCUCUCAAGUGUUUUAUGUGUGAAGAAUUUGCCUGUCACGGGUUCUCUAGACUAUUGUCAUGGCUCCUUCGAUCCUCCACUAGUCCUAGUUCCAGAUGUGCUGAUUGUUGUGAUAGCGCUAUUGAUGUGUAGAGUUUCCCAAUAUAAUGGAUGCAACCAGUCGUAUUGGGUAGAAGAUCAGCUGAACUUUAUUAGGCUACACUCAGCUUUUUGUGUACAGACCCCCAGCAUGGGGUCUCCACUGGAAAAAGUACAAGCCCUUCCCCGGCACCUCUGUGUCUGGGAGAUAAUUGAGUCCAAAGUAGGAUAACCCAAUUAUCUCUCAGGUACAGGAAGUACCCCAGAAACAUAUCACUAAUAUAAUACAAUUCAAUAGGUGGAUCACACUUCUGGAUGUAUCUGUAAAAUACACAAAGCAAUAUAGUGUAAUAUUGUCGGUACAACUAAUGUGUAAAUGGGAGUGGAAGUCACAUACUCACAAACCCAGAGCCAAAUCCCAACAUAUGGCUCUCAUGGAUAGCGCUGUGGGACUUUUCUUAAGGAUGUCCCCCUCCUAUUUCCAGAUGCUCUUGUGGUUGUUCUGGAUGAACAGAAGUAAAAGCUGUGCAGGGGAGAUAAUAGCUCUUCAAAAACAAAACUUUAUUGCUCCACAAUUUGAAGUUAAAAACGGCAUAAAAGCAAUCCAAUGAAAAAAACAGUAAAAAGAUGCUAGUAAUAAAACUAUAGGCUCUAUAAGUCCUGGAAAGAGUACUGCCAAUUGGCAAAAGAGUCCAAAAUAAUACCCGAAACGCGUUUCGCCCCGUACCAGGGGCUUCCUCAGUCGGUUUGAAGUGCUCCUCUGUGUCGUCUUAAAUUCCUCAUUGCUUUCGCUUCCGGGUUCCGGCUAUCGCACCUUGGAACACAACGUGCGUUCCAACUCCGACGACAUGCGUUCAACUUCCGGGUGGUGUCACCUGUGUCAACUUCGGCGCACGGCUGACGUCACUGGAACGCAUACCAAACGGAUCGUGCGCUCCAUUACGGAGUUUCUAUAUAAUAUAAUGCGAGCUCGCACUGAUUCCAAUUAUUGCACUGCAUAUACGCUUCAUAUCAAUGUACAUAUACUUUAGAUGCCAGUAUGAAUAUAAACGCCAGUUUGUGAUUCUUCCUCUUAAGCAUUUUUAAUAUUCAAUUCCCAUAGAUAUUAUUCCAAUAAUUACACUGAUCGAAUUUAUAUUUGUCUCAGAGCUUAUUCUAAACAUAUCAUUGUUCAUUUUUAGUGAGCCUAAUGGAAUAUUCUUUUUUAGAAAAGAAAAAAUCAUAAAACUGGCAUACAUUCGAAGAAGUAAUAUUUAAAGUGCCACAGUGUACUAAAAGUGCUGAUGACAUUUAAAGUGACAGAGUGAUAAAGUGCUAACAUCAAAAAAGGACUGGAGACUCAUAGUGUGUCUAAUCAUUUUAAGACCCAUCAUAAUCAGAAUGCCGACAACUUAUUUUUUUGCCCACUAAAACUUGUAAAAAAAAAGAUUGGAGAGGAGGUGAUUUUAAUAAGAAAAUUGGAAUAGAAGAAAUGACAUUUAUUUAUAAUUUUAAUACCCCUAUAACCCAUGGGUUAAACUCAGAUUUUGAGGUCUGUCAUUUUUUUAAUUCAAAUAGUUUUACUAUGUGUAUUUUCCUGUUUUUUAGCUUUGAAAACCCAUUUGUCAUAUGUUCAUCAUAUAGAAAAGAAGAAACCUUUAGAUCCAGUUAUUAGCACUCUAUCACUCUGUCACUUUAAAUGUCAUCAGCACUUUUAGUACACUGUGGCACUUUAAAUAUUACUUCUUCGAAGUAUGCCAGUUUUAUGAUUUUUUUCUUUUCUAUAGUUCCAAAGGAAAAUUUGGUAUUCAUCUCCAAAUAAAUAUACUCAAUUAGGCUCAAUAAAAAUGAACAAUUACAGUCCAUAAUGAAUGCGGCGGCGAGGCUCAUCUUCCUGUCCGCCCGCACCUCCCAUGCCUCACCCUUCUGUCAGUCCCUACAUUGGCUUCCUAUAAAAUAUAGAGCUCAAUUUAAAAUUCUGGUUCUUGCUUUCAAAUCUCUGCAUAAUGCUGCUCCCACCUAUCUAUCCUCCCUAAUACACAAGUAUGUCCCGUCUAGGCCCUUACGAUCUGCUGAAGACUGACGUCUAUCUUCUGUCCAUACUCCCACCUCCGAUGCUCACCUUCAAGAUUUCUCGAGGGCUGCACCGUUCCUGUGGAACUCGCUUCCCUCUUCCUCACCCAGUCUCCACUCCUUCAAAAAAUCGUUAAAAACCCACUUCUUCAUAAAAGCGUAUCAAUUAAACUGUUAAUAGCUCCUGACUGAUUCCUCUUCUGCAACUGUCACUAGUCUAAUACUAUCCUUACCUUUUUGUGUCAUUUUACCCACUCCCUCUAGCAUGUAAGCUCAUUGAGCAGGGCCCUCAACCCCUCUGUUCCUGUGUGUCCAACUUGUCUGGUUACAACUACAUGUCUGUUCGUCCACACGUUGAAUAUUAAAAAUGCUUAAGAUAUGCUUAAUAUAAUUGAAUAUUAUAAUAAUGCUUAAUAUAAUUGAAUAUUAAAAAUGCUUAAGAGGAAGAAUCACAAACUGGAGUUUAUAUUCAUACUGGCAUUUAAAGUAUAUGUACAUUGAUAUGAAGCGUAUAUGCAGUGUAAUAAUUGGAAUCAGUGCGAGCUCGCAUUAUAUUAUAUAAAAAUUCCGUAAUGGAACGCACUAUCCGUUCGGUAUGCGUUCCAGUGACGUCAGCCUUGCGCCGAAGUUGACACAGGCGACGCCACCUGGAAGUGGAACGCAUGCCGUCGGAGUUGGAACGCACGUUGUGUUCCAAGGUGCGAUAGCCGGAACCCGGAAGAGAAAGCAAUGAGGAAUUUAAGACGACGCAGAGGAGCACUUCAAACUGACUGAGGAAGCCCCUGGUACGGGGUGAAACGCGUUUUGGGUAUUUUGGACUCUUUCCAGGACUUAUAGAGCCUAUAGUUUUAUUACUAGCAUCUUUUUACUGUUUUUUUUCAUUGGAUUGCUUUUAUGCAGUUUUUAACUUCAAAUUGUGGAGCAAUAAAGUUUUGUUUUGGAAAUAGGAGGGGGACAUCCUUAAGAAAAGUCCCACAGCGCUAUCCAUGAGAGCCAUAUGUUGGGAUUUGACUCUGGGCUUGUGAGUACCUGACUUCCACUCCCAUUUACACAUUAUUUAUACCGACAAUAUUACAUUAUAUUGCUUUGUGUAUUUUAGAGAUACAUCCAGAAGUGUGAUCCACCUAUUGAAUUGUAUGUAUUAUGUUUGCAUUUUUGAGUGGUGUAAGGGGUUUCCACUCAGGUGGUCUGUGGCACUUAGUGCUACCACACUUAUUCCCAUUUACUGUAUAUAUUUCAUUAUCGUUCAUAUCAAUAAUAUACAUGAAUCCCACAAAAGUCAUAUCCCCGAAUAGCUCGGAUCUGAGCAUCCAAAUUGUCCAAAUAGCGCUCAGAUCUCUCCGGUAGAACUGAAUCACCAUUCGGGUGAAGUUUUGACUGGUUGACCAUGAGGCAAUAGCCCACAAUAGUUUCACAGGAUCAAAGGCAAAGAACAAUCUACUUUCGGGGGUUUCCAUACAAACACAGACGAACACACUCCCUGGCUCUUAGGGAGUGAAUGUUCCCCCUGUUUGGUAGUUCCUUACUCCCGAACGCCAUUCUCGUAGCUGGUCGGGAAAGUGGAACGGGCAUCGGUACAAGUUUCCCUGGGGUUCGCAAACUUGCAUAACCGACACAGAGAUCCAUGCAGUCAAAGACCCUAUACCGCUGCCUGUGUUCGGGAGACAAAAUGGCCGCCAUUCCUGAGAGCACGUGUGUUCGUAUAUACAAAUGGCGGCCAUGCAGGGAAAGCACUUGAGAUGAUGGCUCAUUUGUGGUUAACAGCCAGGGGUGGUCGGUGAUUAUGAGGUGCUAACAAGGGGAACCACACAUAUUCUGUUCGGUAAAUGAACAGAAGGGAACUGAUAGCCAAAUACAAGGGAAACAAAUAUCUUGUAGUGACUCCAUUCGACUAUGGGGAGAUUUUAGACAAAAAUAAAAAUAAAGGAACAUGUAUGAGGAGUCCUAUCACCUGUGUCCUCUUUCAUUUUACAAUUUUUUUUCAAUAGAAAUUGGUACAUUUAUAAAUUAACUUUGUUACACCUCUGGCUGUCAAUCAGACAGCCAGUCAUGAUAUUCCCUGAUUGUUUAGCUCAGUGAAACUAAACUCAAGAGACAGCAAUUACCCAGAGCACCUGCCUUGCAAAGACUUCUCAUUGAGCUGCACUGGAAAGUCUGUGAUUGGACAGCCACAGAAAGUUUGGGCGGGGAAGAAGGGGAGGGUUUGCAGACUUGACAAUGUUUACCUUUAACCCCUUAAGGACACAUGACAUGUGUGACAUGUCAUAAUUCCCUUUUAUUACAGAAGUUUGGUCCUUAAGGGGUUAAAGGUAAACAUUUGUCAAGUCGGGCCUGUUGAGACUUUAAUUUUUAAUAGCAGUUAUGCACUACAAGACAACUAAACAACAGUAUAUGUAUUUGUAGAAAGAAGACCUCUAAGUAUUUAAAGGGAAAGCCUGAGCACUGAAAUAAGUUUAAUACAUUUGACAGGUUUUGGCCUCAUUAAUAUGCUGUAUAUUUCUGCAUGCUCAAAUGUGCAUAGUUUUUGCUCAAAUAAAUAAAUGUUUGCAGAACGUUGCACCAUACGCCUGCCUCCUUAGCCACACCCUCUGACUCCAUAAAAAGACUUCCUUAUCAAAGAUAUGUACACAGCUCAUCCAUUGACAGUACUUAAUUAUCUGAACAACAAAGCAAAAUACAUUAGAAGGAGAGGACACACAGUGAGACAUACAGUGUUUGUUGUUUCUCUGACUGUCUGCAGCAGUGCUGUUGAGACUAUGUGCAUGCCUUUGAUAAGGAAGCCUUUCUAACAUGAGGAGACGUGGCUAAGGAGGCAGGCUUAUGGAGCAGCAUUCUGCAAAACAUUUAUUUUGUUGUGCAAAAACUAUAAAGUUUGAGCAUGCAAAAUACAGCAUCUUCUUGAGGUCAAAAUCUAUCAAAUGCAUUAAAGGACCACUAUAGGCACCCAGACCACUUUAGCUUAAUGAAGUGGUCUGGGUGCCAGGUCCCCCUAGUGUUAACCCUGCAGCUAAAAAGAUAGCAGUUUCAGAGAAACUGCUAUGUUUACAUUGCAGGGUUAAUCCAGCCUCUAGUGGCUGUCUCCCUGACCACCACUAGAGGCUGCUUUUGCGAUUUAUACGUCCUUACAGACCUCCAGCGUCAGAUUUUCCCCGUAGGAAAGCAUUGAAUAAUUGAAUAAUGCUUUUCUAUGGGAAGGUCUAAUGCGCACGCGGCCAUGGCAAGGGAGGAGCGUGAGCGGAGCCUGACCCAGCGCCGAGGGACAUCGUAGCUGGAUUCAGGUAAGUGGCUGAAGUGGGGCCCUGAGGAAGGGAGGGUACUCCAAGAGACUAUAGUGCCAGGAAAACGGGUUUGUUUUUCUGGCACUAUAGUAUCCCUUUAACCCCUUAAGGACCAAACUUCUGGAAUAAAAGGGAAUCAUGACAUGUCACACAUGUCAUGUGUCCUUAAGGGGUUAAAGUUGUACUGCUACCAGAGUAUCGCUUUAACUAAGAAUAAUUUGACACUUGUUAUUUAACCAUUUUAUAACCAACCUUUGUCAAAAUCCCUCAUUAUGUUUGCUAUUUUUUUUUAAUGUGUUUUAUUUUUGUGGGUUUUUUUACAGACCAUGUGGAUAUCUCUUCUAAAAUGACCCCAACUUUUAUCCUGAUACUGCUAUAGCCCACAUUCCCCCAUCUACACCAGAUGUUUGAGAAGUUAUAGGGUUAAAUUUCAGUCAUUCCAUUUUCAGAUUUCACCAGUUGAUUUAUUGGGCUCAUGUCCUUUUUGGGAUAAAAUAGCCAAAUAAGACAGUGUAGGCUCGUUUAAUAUGGUACAUUUGGAGGAUUAUCACUUGGCAGUUUCAUCUCCAAAUUUGUUUUAUUGAUUUUACACAUUCAUUUUGAAUUUCAGAUUGUGUGCUCUCGUUUGUAUUCUGUUUUAUGUCCUACGUACAGCUGUAUAACUCCCAGAGUCACAUAAGAAACAUGCCCUAAUGUUGACAUGCUUCCUUGCUAACCAUAGCUAAUCUUAGCCCCUGUCUAAUUCUAACCAUACUGACGUCAAACUGUGCAACCUGGGGAUGUUUCAUCACUGUGUGCCACAGUAAUCACGUAGCUUUACAUGUAAGCGAAGGCAUGUAGCACUGUGAUUGGCUCCCAGGGGAAUCAGUCAAUACAAUUGGUGGGCAUCCUCACUUGUAAGGCAGUUAGGGUUGUCACCUGACCACUAUUUUACUGGUACAGCCAGUGUUUGAGGUGUUUGAGGCUUUGUGUCCGGUGCCGGUAUUGCAGGAUUACCAGAAACGCAAGGGCCGGUAUUUCUGUCUGAUGGAAACUCUAGACCUGCAUGUAUCUCUCCCCAUGCUCCCUGAGACAGGCAGGGUGGGGAGAUAUACUCGGGCAGAGUGGAGAGAGAUACAUACUUGCUGUGACGGAACGCUGGCACUGCGACUGAGUACCUCCGCCAAUCGAUGCUCCUAGUGCUCGUUGAGGACUCCAAGCACUCCAACCGACACCAUCAGCACUGCAGACCCACUUCCAGCGAUGCAGCUGUGCCGGGGUCUCGCUGUCUCCACCCACCCUGGACCCAAGGCCAGGAUCCAGCUUCCAGUGGGUGAACCUCUCUUUCCCCAGAGAGCAGGAACAAGCUCUUAGCAGAGCUUAGUGAAUAUACCCUGGGGAGUAUAGUGAAUAUAGCAAUCCCCAGAGUGUAGUUUUCCAAUCCCCCCCAAACAUGAGCCAAGGCUUAAUGCUGGAACAAGACUUUACUGGAAGUAACAACAACAGGUAUUCAAGCUACAGUUUCUUUUAUGCCCUACUCCCAUGCAGGGGAGGGACACACACAUUAUCUACAGUAGUCAAUAAAACAGAGGUUACAGCCCACACAAAAUCCUCCCCUCUGCCUGUGAUUCAAUUAUCUUAUACAAUAGACGAUUCAAUUAUCACAAGCAGGAAAAAUACAGUUUUUACAGCAUAUUCAUAACUUCUAAAAUAUACAUCACAUUUACAUAAAAAUAUAUAUAUUCACAAUCAAUCCAUUCAGGGAAACAACAUAUCAAAAAAUGGCAUGAAUCAGACCAGGGGUUCAGAAGUUAGUAAAGUAUCUUUUGGGGCUUGGCUGACAGCAUGGCUAUCUGGCCCAAACUGGUUUUACAGAGCCCUCUAUCCUGGAGACAAUGGGGAAAGUAAUCCAAUUAUAUCCAGGGAUAGAGGCAGACUCCAUUGAGCACAUGUUCCCAGUAAAACACAAAAGGAUACAAAAAUACAUAACUUUUAUCAUACUGAAUUGAACAGGCCAAAUCUCCCAGGGUCCAUAGUCACAGGGCAAGAGGCGGGCAAGCAGUCCUCUCCAGGCACAAGUGGCGAAUGGCACUUCGUCACAGUAAUAAAUGAUAAAGUAGCAGGGAGGGAAAGUACCGAAUGAAUGGAGGGGGAGAUUUGCAGAUCUGGGAGAUACGUUAAGAUUGAUGAUUAGCCCCGUCCCUACCUUACCAGCAUGCCUGCCUUACCAGCACUGAUGUGGUUAACAGCCAGAGCUGCUGUUUACAGCUCAGCAGUAUUAAUCCCAAAGGUACGCAGCAUUCCGUAACGUCGUGUCCAGUGACAUCACGUAUACAGAAAUAAUUAUGCAAAUUAUCAUGGCCGGUAUUUUUUUCCCAGAAAGGUGGCAACCCUAAAAGCAGUUCAUUAAUAGCUAGCUAUACACAGAUACCGAAUUAACCAUGUUCGUAAUCAUACCACAUCAGCUUAUUGCAUACACACCAAUAAAUACAAUUAGCGAAUAACUCUAAGCACGUACGUACAUAACCAGUCUCUUAGGUGUACGUCAAUUCAUACAUAACCAAAUCGUGGACAGAGUGAACUUUAAAUCGCUUCCUAAUGAAAGUAUAUACAAUCUAAUCCCCGUAUGUUUAAUUUCAGCCUCAGAAUCAGUGGGAAAAGAUAUAUUUGAAGGAUUUCAUGCGUCCAUUUCUUCAAUGGACUGUUUAACCGACAAGGAAAGUUUUAUUUUAAAUAAUAUGGAUAAAUGUAAAGCUGUGACGCAGAAGAAGAAAUGUAUUGUCCAAGUCAUUGACGAUUCAGCUUCAUCUGAAGAUGAAAGUCCUUUGCCUACAUGCUCAGAACAUUCACAGACAGAAUUUACUGCUAUGUACGUUAAGGAAGAAUCACAUUAUCAUCCACCAGACGCUGACAUCUAUGAACCCGCAGAACACGCACAGACGGAAUCUCCAUGUAUCCACAUCAAGGAGGAACCAGCCUCAUGUGAAGAAGAAAAUCUCACAGAUACUGACAUUUAUACACCCACAGAACAGACACAGACAGAAUAUCUGUCUACUAAUAUUAAGGGACAAUCAUCUUCACACGGAAAAGAAACUCUCACAGAUAUUUAUACACCUGUGACUCAUACACAGGCAGAAUAUCCAACUACUCCUAUUAAGGAGGAACCAGACUCAUUUGAAGAAGAACAUUUCACAGACCUUUAUACGAUGACAGAACAUUCACAGACAGAAUAUACAUUUCCUAUUAUUAGAGAAUAUGGAAAUGGGAGAAUGCGUUUAAAGGAAGACAUUUUGUUGAUAAUGAAAUGCAAUUAUUGUGGUAAAAACUUUAGCAAUAAAUCUAUUUACGAAGCUCACAUGAGGACACACAUUACAACUAACAUCUAUAAUUACUCAGAUUAUGAAAACUGCAUCACUAAUAAUAUGGAUCAUAGAAAACAUCAAGCAGUCCAUACUGGAAAGAAACUGGCCUGCUCUGAAUGUGGAAAGAAAUUCAGUCACAAAUCGGGGCUCAAUGCUCAUUUGAGAAGUCACACUGGUAUUAAGCCAUAUCCUUGCUCAGAAUGUGGAGCAGCGUUUACCCAGAAGUCCAAUCUCAUUAGGCAUCUGAGAACGCAUACCGGUGAGAAGCCAUUUUCUUGUGCAGAAUGUGGAAAGUCUUUUACCCGUAAAUCAGAGCUCCUUAGACAUCAGAGAGCUCAUACAGGGGAGAAACCAUUUGCAUGUUUGGAAUGUGGAAAAUGUUUUGCACAGAAACCAGCCCUUGUCAAGCACCGAAGAACUCACACUGGUGAGAGACCAUUUCGGUGUUCUUUGUGUGGGAAAAGCUUUGCACACAGACGAGAUCUUCUUGCACAUCAGAGAAUUCACACAGGAUAG